GUUGCCUUCACAACGAGAAUCUACCACCCAAAUAUAAACAGCAAUGGCAACUUCUUUUUGGAUAUAUUGAGGUCACAAAGAUCACCUGCUCUGACCAUUUCAAAAGUGCUCCUGUCCAUUUGUUCCCUACUCACAGACCCCAACCCUAAUGAUCCUUUAGUACCUGUGAUUGCUCCUAUCUACAAGACCGAUCGUAAGAAGUACAACAAAAUGGCCAGAGUAUGGACACAGAAGUAUGCCCAGUGA